AUGGUUGAACUCCGCAAGCGCAAAGCUCCUGCGCCACCUCCCGUGGUGGAGAAGAAGAGCAAGCCAGCGCCGAAAGCCAAGGCAGCGUCUUCGACAAAGGCCACCGAGACUGCGAGCGAAAAGCCCAAGUCGAAAGUGCCCGAAGUCGGCGACACCAUUGAUCUGGAUAGCUUUGGCGGCGACAUCGAAAUCCAAGAUGGUACCCAGACCACAUUGAAGAAGCUCGUCGAGGAGAGCAAAUCUGGUGUCGUGCUCUUCACCUACCCCAAGGCCUCCACCCCUGGUUGCACUAAGCAAGCUUGCUCAUUCCGCGACAAUUACAAGCAUUUGAGCUCAACGGGACUGUCCAUCUACGGUCUCUCGGCCGAUUCCGCCAAGGCCAACACGACCUUCAAGACCAAACAAAAUUUGCCUUACCCGUUGCUUUGUAACCCCAGUGCGACUUUGAUUGGAGCUAUUGGGUUCAAAAAGGCACCCAAAGGAACCACACGCGGUGUCUUUGCGGUGGAUAAGAAGGGCAAGGUUUUGCUCCGUGAAGCCGGAGGCCCGGAUGCCACUGUGGAUGCGGUUCAGAAGCUGGUGGCGGAGGGGUCCAAUGGAGUAGAGGAGCCCGAGGAGGACAGAGAGGAGGGAGAGAAAGAGAAGGAGGAAAGUGGAAAAGACGAUGAGAAGAAGGAUGAUGAGAGGAAGGGAGACGAGAAGGAGGACGAGGAGAAAGAAGAGGAGGCUGGCGAAAAGACCGAAGAAAAGUGA